UCUGUACUAGGCAGCUCAAUUUCCAGGGCCCGACCCUUGACCACCUCUCGUAUCCAAUCGAGACUCGAGAGUUUCAAUCGCCGCCGUGGUGUCGGUGGCGGAACAAGGACGACGGAAGAGAAAGUGUCUUGGUUUUUUGGUGGGGGAAAGAGGAGAAGUAUCAAUAAUGUCGAUGACGGUGAUGCGUCCAGCCCAAGGGUGUUGUUGUCACUUCAACAAUGCAAUAAAUAACUGCUUCAAUCUCCGUUAUAGGCGAACUCUCAAGACUCCAUCACUAGCAGCAGAAUUUCCCUUCGUCGCAGUAGCAUCGCCGCCAACAAGGCUCUCUCUUUCUCUCCGUCGUCGACCACUCACCGUUGCUUCUUCCUCCGCCGCGACGAUGUCGUCAUCACCGUCUUACGACAAGGAGCUCGCCGCUGCCAAGAAGGCCGUCUCACUCGCCUCCCGUCUAUGCCAGAAGGUGCAAAAGGCUCUGCUGCAAUCGGAUGUUCAAUCCAAAUCGGAUAAAAGCCCCGUAACUGUGGCUGAUUACGGAUCACAAGCUGUAGUUAGUCUUGUUCUCCAAAGAGAGCUCCCUGCUGAUCCAUUCUCAUUAGUUGCCGAGGAGGAUUCUGGCGAUCUGAGGGAUGACAGUGCCCAAGAUAUCAGAGCCCGUAUUACAGAACUUGUUAAUGAUACACUAAGCACCGACGAAUCUUCAUCUUCGACUCUGUCUGUGGAACAAGUGUUGAAGGCAAUCGAUUGUGGGGUGUCUGAAGGAGGCGCCACUGGCAGACACUGGGUUUUGGAUCCUAUAGAUGGUACUAAAGGGUUUGUGAGAGGUGAUCAGUAUGCAAUAGCAUUGGGACUGCUGGAUGGAGGGAAAGUUGUGUUGGGUGCACUGGCUUGUCCAAAUCUUCCCCUAACUUCGAUUGCGGGUGCCAAUCAACAGCCUUCUUCUGGUGAAGUUGGCUGUAUCUUCUUUGCUAAAUUGGGUUCUGGAACUUACAUGCAACCAUUAGAGGGUGGUCCGGCUGUGGAAGUGCAUGUUACAGCUACUGAGAAUCCAGAAGAAGCAUCCUUCUUCGAGUCGUAUGAAGCAGCACACUCCCUGCGUGGCUUGACUGGCUCCAUCGCUGAGAAACUUGGUGUUAAGGCACCACCUGUGAGAAUCGAUAGCCAGGCAAAGUAUGGUGCCCUCUCGAGGGGCGACGGAGCCAUUUACAUGCGUUUUCCCCACAAAGGGUACCGUGAGAAGAUAUGGGAUCAUGCUGCUGGGUGCAUAGUUGUAACAGAAGCUGGGGGGCUCGUAACUGAUGCUGCGGGGAAAGACUUGGAUUUUUCCAAGGGUAGAUUCUUGGAUUUGGACACGGGGAUCAUCUCCACUAAUGCAAAAUUGAUGCCAUUGCUUUUGAAGGCCGUGAAAGAAUCUUUGAAGGAAGGGGAAAGCUGUAGUUCCUCGAUGUGAUUCAUGCUUUCUUUCCAGCAUCAGUUUUGGCUGCCAACUCAGAAUCAGAAGUGUGCUUUCUUUUGUUUCGAUGGUAUCUUGAGAAACUUUAGGCUGCCCCUUCCUCAUCGUUUGCCUGUCCACUCCACUGACGAUGAUAACUACUACGACGGAUAUGCCAAAUGUUGAUUCUUCAUCAUGCUCGUCAUCAAAUUUGUUUUCUUCCUCGUCUUCCUCAGCAUUGUUCACAUCCUUUGAUAAUGUCAUAACGUGUGGACAGAAGUGGUUGGCGGCUGAAGGGCAAUGAAGAAGUAAUCGUGAUUCCUUAUCUGGUGUUUGGGUAACCAUUUGCUUGUCGUUUGAUAGUCAUCUUGGUUCCUGAUUUGUGAAGUACAUGGUCUUUUUACAAAGCAUUGUCGAUCUUUUGUAUUUUGGGCCUGCAAAUUUUUUGAUUUGGCCAGUGAUGUCAACCAUGCAUUACUUGGCAUUUUCUCAUCAUGGUCACAUGCAGUC